ACAUUCGUAACAUUAGCGUACUUCACACCACAUCGACGUCGUAUACGAUUAUAUGUCGUUUGGUAAAUAAUAUGUUUUUAUAAUGUAACAAGGAUAAAUAAGUGAUUCCUGGAUGAAACUCUGACGAGAUUCAGAAAUAUCCUGGCAGAGAUGAUACUUGGCAUCGUUUAUCGAUUUACUGAAAGAUAGCACCGCGAAAAUGACACCUAAACGGAAGACAACCAGUUCGGAAUCUACGUCAACGACCAGCUCGGGUUCUUCCUCAAGUAGCUCAUCGAGUUCAGGCAGCGAAUCCAGCUCGUCCGACUCCGAAAAUUCCAGUAGCUCCGCCAAUAGUCAAAAAGCAUCUGAUACAGAGAGAACCAAGAAGAAGGUGCCAUUUCCAGCCACUCGUCAUGUCAAAUCCAAAGCUGAAACGGCUUUCGUGCCGCCUUUGGAUAAUAAAAAUAAAGACAGACAGCCGCAGAAAGCCAGAUCAGUGGUAUACUCUUCUGAAUCGGAAGAAUCACCUAGCAAAGCAAAAUCACCGCAAAAGAGAAAACCACCAGCAAAACCAAAAGCCACUGCUACUGUAGCACCAGUUGUUAAGAGAUCUCCUACGAAACCAGUACCAGUACUAGCAGGACAGCAUAAAGCUGCAGCUGUUUUAAAACCCGUUAAUAGCAAGCCCAACAAAUUUGUCGAUUCCAUGAGCGCCAACAACAGCAAAUCUCCCGAUAAAUCCGGGAAAGCAACGGAACCGGUCCAGAAGAAGUUAAAAAAGAAAAGUAUAUUCAGCCCGGAGAAUAGUAGCGAAAGCGACAGUGGUAUCUUGGCGAAAGUUAACACAGUCAAACCAACGAGCAAUUCCACAAAAUGUACCAAAAAUUCCCCAGCUAAAGCAAAGUUAAAUGAUACCAAACAAAAAGCUGCGGCAACAAGCAGACUUGUCACAAAACCCGCGCAACCGCAGAAAUCUGAGAGUUCCGCUAGCUCGAAAAGUUCCGGCGGCUCAGCAUCUUCGGGAAGUACAGACAGCAGCACUGAUUCGGAAUCGUCUGAAAGUAUCACCAGUUCUCAGCCUCAACCGAAAAAGAAGGAAACGCAGCCUAGCAAUACGAAUACUAUAGCAAGCGUACCACCUAAAAGACCGUCGGCGGCAGUCGCCCCGGUAAAAUCGCAAAAAACAGUUACUAAACGACAAGGCGCUAUAAAGAGCGACGAUGACGGAGAUGCAUCUGCGAGUGAAAAAGAAGACGAAGGAACAUUGGCCUCGAAAACAGUAACGAAAGGCAAGCGAAAACUGCAAACGCGCAAAGGAAGUAAAUUGCUUCAACUACAAGCGAAGGUGGCCAGCGAUUCCGAAUCUGAUACAGGUAUGGAAACGGUAGCGUGUAAGCGUAUCCUACAGAUUGCGCUAACUCGGUGUGAUCUGUCAAGAGUAGCCGAGAGCAAGAGGAGUACGAGCAAAUCACCCGUUAAACGCGCCGGACCGUCCGCCGCCGCCAGACAAACCUCCUCCGGAGCCGGCAGAUCAACGCAGAAUAGCAGUAUCGCCUCUAAUACUACUGGUAACAGGACAAAUCAGGCUCCUUACAAUCGAGCACGCGCUGCGAAGGAGCGUGAAUGUCCGCUGGCUGCGUCCUGCGACUCACGGGGUCAUCUCUCUGGAAAACUGGACUCGCACUUCACCCUGGAGGCAUGUCCUCUAUAUCACAAUACUACGCCGCAGGCUUGCAUAGAAUUUCAUAAAGAGAGAAAAAAGCGGGAGGAUGAGCGCAAGAAGGCCGUAACGAAUCUGGCCAAGAAACCCAAGGGGGUUCAUCAAACUACUGAGCAGCGCAAUUACCAACUUAAAGUACGAGAGAUGAGGAACAAGUGGAAGGGUAACACCGGCGACGGUAACGAAAGCGACAGCGGCGGUGAACUACAGGGAAACGAGAAGGACAAGCAACCUCGGCUGAACAAUCUCACGCCUGAUUAUGACUUGAAGCUGUUUAUGGAAGCUCAGGCGAUAGCCAGCGAGAAAAUCGAAAAGGAAUUAAAAGAAUUGGACUAUGAUGGCGAAGGUAGAAACGGCGGUGGCACGCGAGUCGUCGAAAUGGGAAAAUGGGAAAUGGAAGUUUGGUAUCAAAGCCCGUAUCCCGAAGAGUACAGUCGUGCUCCGAAGCUUUACCUUUGCGAAUAUUGUCUGAGGUACGCGAAGAGUCGUCAAGUGCUGAGAAGACACAGAGAGAAAUGUUUGUGGAGGCAUCCACCGGGACACGAAGUGUACAGAAAGGACAAGAUAGGCGUGUGGGAAGUGGACGGUAAGCGAUAUAAACAGUAUUGUCAGAAUCUCUGUUUGCUAGCUAAAUUUUUCCUGGACCAUAAAACGUUGUACUACGAUGUCGAACCGUUCCUCUUUUACGUCAUGACAAUCGGCGAUUCCGAGGGCUGCCAUACCGUCGGCUACUUCAGUAAAGAGAAAAACUCUUUCCUGAAUUACAACGUGUCCUGCAUCCUGACGCUACCGCCUUAUCAGAGACAGGGCUACGGCCGGCUCCUCAUCGAUUUUAGUUACUUGCUGACGAGGGUCGAGAAGAAGAUCGGUUCGCCGGAGAAGCCGCUAUCGGAUCUCGGUCUGAUCUCGUACCGCAGCUACUGGAAGGACGUACUGUUACAGUAUCUCUGCAAUUUCGGCGGCAAGGAAAUCUCUGUCAAAGAUAUCAGCAAGGAAAUGGCCAUCGACUCGUAUGACAUUGUCAGCACUUUGCAGGCCCUUGGUAUGAUGAAGUACUGGAAGGGCAAGCAUAUCAUUCUGAAGAAACAGGACGUGAUCGACGACUACAAGGACAGGGUGAAAAGACGGGGUCCCGUCUACAAAGAGAUCGAUCCGGAGUGUCUGAAAUGGAACCCCUUCCAGCCACCCAAGACGCCCUCCGCCUCGAACUAAGACCCGCCAGAAGCUUGGAAGUGCGCCACCUUCUCUUCCCCCUUCCGUUCCCCUCUUCGUAGCACGACUUGGAACGACACGGUCGAUCCUGCCGUCGUCCCCGUUGUCGUUGUCGUCGUCGUCGUCGUCGUAUUCAGCCGCGUCCUCGGCCUUCUCGCGACGUAGGGAAGCCACAUAAGCCGACACGGACAGAUUUCACACCCAUAACACUCGGUAAGAGCCGUGAAAAUCCUUCUAGGAACUCCCUCAUUCCGAAGCACGCCAAGAAACGACGGGUGAGUAUCACAUUCUAUCGACGAUACCGUUAAAGCUCGCCUCGCGAAAGAGAGAGAGGAAACUUGUCCGCAAUUUAAGAGUGUCGAUUACAUUACAAUGUUGAUGUUAUAAGCACGAGUCGUUGAUCGUAAAAGAAAGAAGAGGAAGAAGAAAGUCUGAUAUAAUAAUUAGCGAGCGGAAAGUUUUAAAUGCGUUAGAAAAGGAAUGCGCUGAAGAAAGAAUUUCUUUUUCUAUCGUUGGAAUGAAGGUGGGCAAGCGCGAAGACUACAAUAUUUUUAGCGCCUCUAUUGCAUCUGCCUUAUCUUCGUUGACAUUUAUAUUUCAAUUUUAUAUCAUUUUCGCGACAUAUUGUUAAUACUUUUGCACUAUUGUGUAAAUCCCGAUCUAGUGUGUUGUGCGACAGAGCUUUUAUUUAAGAAUUUUAUUUUAAAAAAUCUAUUUUAGUAUAAAACUUUAAAUACGCCUGAGAUAUAAUUUUUCAAUUAAUAUAGAGUAUGUGAAUCAUGUGUAACGCGAAAGAUUCGCUCUCGAGCGUGUAAAUAUGAAUAUCGAAUGAAUAUGUAAAUAGCGGAUUGAAUUUAACCUGUGCGUAUCGAUCUAUAAUAUAUAUUUAUUUGGAUAGUAACGAAAUGUGAAAAUACAGUAUUGCUCGCGGCGGUAGAAUUGCGGGUGGAAAUACAUCGGUUACAUCAUAAAGGCGAGUUUGCCCUUAAGGGGGGAACCAGUGUAAAGCCCGUAUCAGACUACGCAUUGAAAAUUGCAGAUUGAAGAUUAAAGAUUGGAAUUUGACUAAUCAGAACAAAAGGAACUAAAAUUUCUUUGUCCUGAUUGGUCAAAUUUCAAUCUUCAAUCUUCACUCUCAAUUUUCAAUGCGUAGUCUGAUACGGACUAAACGGUGACUAUUUUUAAUGAUUUUUUUCUCGUAAAUAAUUGUUUUUAUUUUUCAUAUCACGUUAUUAACAUCACAAAGUACAUAAUUUGAAUUGACUACUUUUUGUGAAAUUUUCGUUAAAAAAUAUCAGCUUUCAUUGCUCCACUACGCUAUUGGCUAUUGUAGAUAUAAAUAUUAAUAUUUUUUAACGAAAAUUUCAUGAAAAGUAGUUCAAAUUAGGUACAUUGUGAUGUUAAUAACAUGAUAUGAAAAAAAAAAAAAAAAAAUUAUUAACUAGAAAAAAAAAGUUCUUAAAAUAGCCACCGUUACACUGGUUUCCCCCCUUAAAUGAUACCCUAUGUACGCGCUCAAGAGAUAUCCCUGAACCGGCGACGAUAAGCCGCCGGCUCCUUCGCUGCCGCGUCGAAGCUGCGCCGAGAGUUCGUUGGUGCAUCGACCUUGGCAUCUCCCUCAUUGGCGCAACCUCGUUGGUGCAGUAAGUUGCAUAACGGCGGAGCCGCGUUAUAACGCGCCGGUGGCGCAUCGAUCAGAUUGCGUCGAAUGCGCCGGACCGGGUGGACCACCCGUGCGAAAAUUCCCGGUCGCGAACAAGACACGUGUCGCGAAAAGGGAUCAUGGACAAACGUAUAUUAUAUGUUGCUGGAAAAAAGAAAGAAAAAAAUAAUACAUAUUUUCUGCGGUGAGAGAUCUCGGCUUUGCGAAUUCUACGCAUGACGUCAUGGAUUCAACGUGUACGAUCCCUCGCGGUAGAGAAUAAUUUCUCAUAGGUUGUACGAUUCUUCAAGCUUUUGCCGAUUCUGAAUUUCAAGCGGUUUGUUGUUUAAUUACUCGCCAUUAAAUUGUCUUUGUAACUGAAUGUCAAUAUGGCAACGAGGGAGCGAACGGGAAAUUUUCUCGUUUAGUAUUCGUACCCUGGGGAAUAAUUUCGCCGUUAAAAUACAUUCGACUAUACUGCAUCGCGGCCGCAAGACGUAGACACGAGAGAUACGUUAUUGAUCGGUCUACCAAGGUACAUGCUUGGCUGCAGAACAGAGAGAGAAAGAGAGAACAAGAAAGAGAGAAAGAAAGAUGUGCCAAGGAUGCAGAGGCCCACCGGCCUCGACGACAACAUCGAACAACGUGAAAAUAACUUAAAAAAUAUCGAUUCAAGGUCAAACGCGACUUCAAUUUAAAUAUGUUUUGUGCCUCCGGACAUGAUGAUACCAGUUGCCAGCGAUUUGAAUGAUCAAACAUGGUCAGCGGCUGGAAUGAAAUUCUGAUAACCCUGUCGGACACUUUUGGAAAUCGUCGCGAGAAAUAAUCGUUGAUUGCGAAUUAUUAAGAAAUUAUUUAAGCUACAUUAAGAGAAAACAGAUUUUUUUGUAUUCUUUCUAUUUAUUAAUAUUAUUUUUUAAUGCACGAGAUCUCUUUAUCGCGCGAUACAUGCAACGCAAUUUCGAUCCUCUUGUAACGAGCCGCGCCGAUUCCAAUUAAUACUUUCCAGAACUAUCGAAACUCUUGUAACUUGUUAGCUUUGUACGCGGUGCACUUUAACCCGCUAUAACGUCCAACUUUCCAGUUUGUACUGAUCAUUUCGGCCCGAGCUAUGCUGGCGUAGACAAUGCGUAGAGUAGCUCGCAAACUUGCUCAACUUACGCUCGCGCGCGGUGUCAAACUAUCGAAAACAUCGCGAGAAACUCGCGAGCGAAGCAACGUGUAUCUCUCUAAACGUAAAGUGAAUGCUGAAAGUAUGUAUCGUUUGACAGAGAUUGAAACCCGACCAUAAACAUUGCUUUCGCGAAUCUCUACACACAAUUUCACAAUCAAUAUAAUAUUAACUGAAAUCAUCUCUACAAACGAAUCAAUUCGUCGAAUCGUAGUUGAUAAUUAAUAUUUUUGCAAAGAAUGUUUAUUUUUGUUCGAAUGUCGAUUUCGAUCUCCGUGAUUCGUGAUCGAUACAUUUAGCUCGAUCUGCUUCUAUUAACCCCCUCGACUAAUCGUGUGAUCAACAUAUUUUUCUACCCGAUGAUUUAUACAUCGUUCGGCCCGCAUACGUGUGUUACGAUGAUUUAUCUUUAAAUUGCGAACGAGUUUGGUAUGCGUGACAGUUAAAUAAUAAUCAAGACCUCGCUCGACAGUCGGGGGUUAAUGCAAGAGAUUUGAAUGUUAUAUAUUCGAUUGUAUAUAAAAUAUGAAUAUAUUGAAUGAUGAAUGUAAACGCAUGUGCGUUGUGUAUAUCUUUUUGUAAUCGUUGUUGUAUCAUCGCCGCGUAUCACGAGAUUUUAUCGUGAUAUAUGCAAUAAAGUGCAACAUGAAUCUAUCAACCCGUAUCCAUUUCCGAUGUGUCGUCACUUUCGAUGAAUCGAGAUAUAUUUUUUUUCAUUUUUUAUAUUUUUCUGUAUAAUUAUUAACAAUAAAACGACGAUAUACUUCAAUAAAGAUACAUAAUUAGUAUCGAAAAUGAUGCUCCCGAUUGACGUUUAAGGAAUUGAUGCGGCGAUGGUGAGUCUUUCUAUGUAUUUUACAUCAAGAGACAAAAUUGUGUCUCACCCAAGAAUGUAUUAUGCAAAGAAUCGUGUGUAUAUUGCGUCAAUCAAAAAUAAAAAUUACAAUAUAUAUUUAUUACACGAGAGAUAUACAUUUUUGAAAUGUAACAUUUUUAUAGGCGCGAUAAAAUUAUAUGUGUAUACUAAUGAAAGCGAUAGAAUUAAUCAGAAGUAAAAGAAUUUCAUGCAAAGAAACUUGGUUGCUAAUCUAUGGCAAUCAAAGAUAUCUCGAUUGUCAUAAUAAAAAAAAAAAAAAUAUUAUUUAUGUCAAAGUAUUUUAUUGAUUAAAAUAUACACAAUCAACAUGUAAAUAUUUAAAAACAAAGAAAAUAGAUAAAAUCGCAAUUAUGCCGUUUUGGUAGAACGUUGAUGUAGUUUUUGGCGACAAGCCGCGCGUCGAAGAGAUUUUUUUCGUGUACUAUACAAUCAUCCACUAGUACAGUGACCGAAGACCGAAGUCAUCCGAGUCAUCAUUCAGACAGAAAUUUUCGUGAUAUUCGCGUUUUGUAAGCUUCGAUGACAGCAAUUAAUUCUUUCUAAUCGGCGCAAUAAAAGUAUGAGAUAAGGAUUCCUUAAUACAUAAUUUUAAUCUCUCUAAAUCUAACUUUUCGAGAUGAAACUACACGCAAAAAAAUGACUUAACAAUAGCAGCUAAAUUUCAGUAGCUGAAUCAAACUUAGCUGUAAGAGCUAUCGCCUUAGUGUCAUAGCUAAGUACUAGUUAUUAUAGGUAAAAAACAUUCACUGUGGCAUGAAAAUUUAUUAGCUGAAAUUGAAAGCGUAUAUUAACACGAGCAGCUAUAAAGAUAGCAACCGUACCUAAAUUUCUUACUAUGCGCAUACAUUGCGGAAUAUGCUUUAUAGCUAAAACAUUUAGCACGCGCAGCUAAGUUUAUGGGUAUGCGCGCGAAUCUUCGAUUCACAAUUGUUUAAUUGUUUCUGCGACGCUGUCAUUGACAACAUCGACGCGUUAAAAUAGCUAAAAAAAAAAAAAAA